CUUUCACUCCUUCUCCCUUCCCUUCUAUCGUUCCUUUCAUCAUGCCGACUGUACAUCUUCUCGACUAUGUCGCUGGCAACGUCCGAUCACUCGUCAAUGCCAUCGAAAAGGUUGGCUACACAGUGGAAUGGGUCAAGUCACCCGCCGACGUUCCCUCUGCAGAGAAACUCAUCAUCCCCGGUGUCGGCCACUUUGGCCACUGCCUGUCGCAGCUCAACCAGGCAGGCUACGUCGAGCCUAUACAAGCACACAUUACGGCCGGGAAGCCGUUUAUGGGGAUAUGUGUCGGGCUGCAGGCACUCUUCGAGGGCUCGGAGGAGGACCCAGAUGUCAAGGGUCUGGGGUUGAUUCCUUCCCAAUUGCGGAAAUUCCAGGACACGGAUAAGAGUGUGCCGCAUAUUGGUUGGAAUUCGGCGAACACCUCGUUGAAGGGAGAGGUCGCCAAUGAUAGCCUAUAUGGGCUGCGACCGAGCUCCAAAUACUAUUACGUUCACUCGUAUGCGGCACCCUACCGAGAGGGACAACUGGAGAAGGAUGGCUGGAGCGUUGCGACGGCGAGAUACGGGGAUGAGGAGUUUGUCGGGGCAGUAGCGAAGGAUAAUAUUUUCGCUACCCAAUUUCAUCCCGAAAAGAGCGGGGCAGCGGGAUUGAGGGUCAUAAAGGCAUUUUUGGAAGGAAGAAUAUCAGAAAAGCUUCCUGAGAAAGCAUCCGCAGCCUCGGCGAAAGAGGGCUUGACAAGAAGAGUCAUCGCGUGUCUCGACGUCCGGACAAAUGACCAUGGAGACCUAGUAGUCACUAAGGGUGACCAAUACGACGUUCGAGAAAAAGACGGUCUCAGCAGCGGCGGUGCAGUGAGGAAUUUGGGGAAGCCAGUGGAGAUGGCAAAAAAAUACUACGAGCAAGGAGCCGAUGAAGUCACGUUUCUGAAUAUCACAUCCUUCCGCAACUGCCCCGUAGCCGAUACGCCGAUGCUCGAAAUUCUCCGACGAACCAGCGAGACCGUCUUUGUGCCUUUGACAAUAGGUGGAGGCAUCCGUGAUACUGUGGACACGGAUGGAACAAAGAUUUCAGCCCUAGAAAUUGCCACAAUGUACUUCAAGUCCGGCGCUGAUAAAGUGAGCAUUGGGUCUGACGCUGUUACUGCUGCUGAAGAAUACUAUGCAAGAGGCAAGCUUCUAUCAGGUAACACUGCCAUAGAAACAAUAUCCGCAGCCUACGGCAACCAAGCCGUGGUCAUCAGUGUCGAUCCACGACGCAUCUAUGUCUCGUCUCCCUCUGCAACAUCCCACCACAGCAUCAAAACCUCAAUCCCAGGCCCGAACGGCGAAGAAUACUGCUGGUACCAAUGCACUAUCAAAGGCGGUAGGGAAGGUCGAGACUUCGAUGUCCGGCAGCUCAUCACAGCUGUUGAGGCUAUGGGUGCCGGAGAAAUUCUCCUUAACUGCAUUGACAAGGACGGCACAAAUAGUGGAUUUGAUUUAGAGCUGAUCAGUGAUGUAAAAGCCGCAAUCAAGAUCCCGGUCAUUGCGAGUAGUGGGGCUGGGAACCCUGGUCACUUCGGGGAGGUUUUCGAAAGGACAACGACGGAUGCAGCACUAGGUGCUGGUAUGUUCCACAGAGGAGAAUACACUGUACGGCAGGUCAAGGAAUACCUGCAAGAACAAGGACAAUUGGUACGGCAGUAUGAGGAAGCAAUAUGAAAACAUACUCAUUGCAAAUUCCCGCUCAUCUAGUGGAUGGGGCACCAAAAUUAUUCUAGAUAUGACGCAAUGCCGACUUUUAUUGCUC